GCGCGGUGUGGGGGUGUGGUCCCAGCGCGGAGGGGCUCUCGCGCUGGGGGCUUUCUCUUAGGAAGAUGGCCUGAAAAUUGAAUUGGAGUGUCCUUGUUUCUCCUAUUGUCCAGGGGAACAUAGAUGGCUGGAGACAGAAUCUAGAGCCUUCAAAAAAUGUCGAGAUGUUUCCACCUUCAGGUUCCAUGGGGCUGAUUCCCCCCUCCCACUUCCAAGCUCGGCCCCUUUCAACUCUGCCAAGAAUGGCUCCCUCCUGGGUCUCAGACAUUCCCCUGGUCCAACCCCCAGCCCAUCAAGAUAUCUCAGAGAGGUGGCGGGACACCCAGAGACCUCAAGUGACCACGAGGGAACGGGAUGUUUCCGGUGAUAGGCAGGAGCGAGGGUGGAGAGGCAGAUCCCUGGAGCUGGAGGGGUCACAGGCCCUGAGCCAGCAGGCCGAGCUGAUCUCUCGGCAGCUGCAAGAGCUGCGGCGGCUGGAAGAGGAGGUCCGGGCCCUGCGGGAGACCUCGCUGCAGCAGAAGAUGAGGCUGGAGGCCCAGGCCAUGGAGCUGGAGGCUCUGGCACGGGCAGAGAAGGCUGGCCGAGCAGAGGCCGAGGGCCUGCGUGCUGCCUUGGCCGGGGCUGAGGUCGUCCGGAAGAACCUGGAAGAGGGGAGCAAGCGGGAGCUGGAGGAGGUUCAGAGGCUGCACCAAGAGCAGCUGUCCUCCUUGACAGAGGCUCACGAGGAGGCUCUUUCCAGUUUGACCGACAAGGCCAAGGGCUUGGAGAAGUCUCUGAGUAGUCUGGAAGCCAGUCAGGCAGGGGAAGCCAAGGAGCUGGUCAUGGCCCAGGGGGAGGCCGAGCAGCUGCGGAAGCAGCUAAGAAAGACCCAAGAAGACUUGGAGGCACAGGUGACCCUGGUUGAGAAUCUAAGAAAAUAUGUGGGGGAACAAGUUCCUCCUGAGGUCCACAGCCAGGCUUGGGAACCAGAGCGACAGGAGCUUCUGGAAACAGUACAGAACUUGCAGGAGGACCGGGACGGCCUGCGCGCCACCGCCGAGCUGCUGCAGGUGCGGGUGCAGAGCCUCACGCACAUCCUCGCCCUGCAGGAGGAGGAGCUGACCAGGCGGGUUCAACCUUCAGAUUCCCUGAAGCCUGAGUUUACCAGGAAGUGCCAGUCCCUGCUGAAGCGCUGGCGGGAGAAGGUGUUUGCCCUCAUGGUGCAGCUUAAGGCCCAGGAGCUGGAGCACAGGGACUCUGUUAAGCAGCUGAAGGGACAGAUGGCAGAGCUCCAGGAACAAGUGACAGCCCAGAGCCAGGAGCAGGCCAUCCUGCAGCGCUCCCUGCAGGACAAAGCUACGGAGGUGGAGGUGGAGCGGAUGGGUGCCAAGGCCCUGCAGAUGGAGCUGAGCCGCACUCAGGAGGCCAGGCGCCGGUGGCAGCAGCAGACAGCCGUGGCUGAGGAGCAGCUAAGGCUUGUGGCCAAUGCUGUCAGCAGCUCUCAGAUCUGGGUCCAAAGCACCGUGGCUAAGAUGGAACAGGCUGCAGCCCGGCUCCCCAGCCUCAGCAACCGACUCAGCUAUGCCGUCCGAAAGGUCCACACCAUUCAGGGCCUGAUGGCUCGAAAGCUGGCCCUUGCUCAGCUGCGCCAGGAGAGCUGUCCCCCACGCCCACCCCCACCAGUCACAGACCUGAGCCUUGAGCUGCAGCAGCUUCGGGAGGAACGGAACCGCCUGGAUGCAGAACUGCAGCUGAGUGCCCACCUCAUCCAGCAGGAGGUGGGCCGGGCCCGGGAGCAAGGGGAGGCGGAGCGGCAGCAACUGAGCAAGGUGGCCCAGCAGCUGGAGAAGGAGCUGCAGCAGACCCAGGAGUCCCUGGCCAGCGUGGGGCUGCAGCUGGAAACGGCUCGCCGGGGACAGCAGGAGAGCACGCAGGAGGCUGCCAGUCUCCGGCAGGAGCUGACCCAGCAGCAGGAGCUCUACGGGCAAGCUCUGCAAGAGAAGGUGGCUGAAGUGGAAACUAGGCUGCGGGAGCAGCUGUCGGACACAGAGAGGAGACUGAACGAGGCUCGCAGGGAGCACGCGAAGGCUGUGGUCUCCCUGCGCCAGAUCCAGCGCAAAGCCACCCGGGAAAAGGAGCGGAACCAGGAGCUCAGGCGUCUGCAAGAGGAAGCUCGGAAGGAGGAGGCGCAGCGACUAACCCGGCGCGUGCAGGAGCUGGAGAGGGACAAGAACCUCAUGCUGGCCACCUUGCGGCAGGAGGGUCUCCUCUCCCAUUACAAGCAGCAGCGACUGUUGGCAGUCCUUCCUUCCCUGCUGGGUAAGGAGAAGGCUGUGGGAUCCGGCCCCAGGCCUGCUGGGUCUUCAGCACCUGUAACUCCAGCAGCAGCACAGCCCACCAGGGAAUCCAUAAAAGGGUCCCUCUCUGUCCUGCUUGACGACCUGCAGGACCUGAGUGAGGCCAUUUCCAAAGAGGAAGCUAUUUGUCAAGGAGACAACCAGAACUCUGCAGCUCCAGUCCCACAACAACGCUGAGCAGCUGAGCAGCAGAGGGCUAGAGGGAAAGCCGGCCUUGGGGCUGGAGGAUCCUGAAGAGGGGCAGGGUCCAGCCCAGCCCCUUCCUCACCCAGCGGCUGGCUCUGGGGACACCAGCUACCACCGAGUCUGAAU